AUGAAGCGUUCAAGAGAAGCAGAAGAAGAAGAAGAACAAGCAGCAGGCGCGGAGCUGUUGCUGUUGCUGUCGCUCUCCUGCGGGGAUAAGCCUGCGACGGUUCGCAAGAAGGUCAGAGCGGCGGAGGGCGUGUUCGAGUGCAAGAUUUGCAGCCGCCAGUUCCCGACGUUCCAGGCUCUCGGCGGCCACCGGACCAGCCACAACCGCCCGAGGGUCGAUCGUUCCACGUCGAGACGCAGCGUGCACCGGUGCUCCAUCUGUGGCGUGGAGUUCGCGAUGGGGCAAGCUCUGGGCGGCCACAUGCGCCGACAUAAGCCCAUGGCCGAGGACUCGAAGAAGCGGAGUGAUCCGAAGAAGAUGGACUUGACAAUGGCUGAUCCAGAGUUCGGUGAUCUGCAUCGAGUCCGCAAGACUGGUUCUCACUGUCAGCUGCUUCAGCUGUUCGUAUAG